AGCUCCACAGUGCAUCAGUGUGUCCCGCUGCUGUGACCUCCGCACUUUCCACUUUAAACUGUCUUAACUAGAUCCAAGCGUUUCAUUUCAAUUUAAAGUUCAGCUCCCAGUUUCUGUUUAAGUUUCUUUUGCAGUGUCCCAUCAUGCGUCUCCGGUUUGUGCUGUGCGUAAUGGCUCUGCUGACCUCUUCCUGUCUAGUGGCCGAGGCGCGGAUAGCCAAACGCUUCGCCAUCGGCUGCCCAGAGAAGUGCGACAAGUCCCAGUGCUCGCCGAUCCCCGCCGACUGCCUUGCCGGCGACGUGCUGGACCGCUGCGACUGCUGCCCUGUGUGCGCGUCCGGCGAAGGCGAGAAGUGCGGCGGGACUGGAGACAGCGACUGCGCCGAGGGCAUGGAGUGUGUGGUGACCGACGGCGUGGAAGUGUCUGCCACCGUCAGGCGGAGGGGCAAGGCUGGCGUGUGCGUGUGCAGCGGCUCCGACCCGGUGUGCGGCAGCGACGGUGUCUCGUACCGGAACAUCUGCGAGCUGAAGCGCGUCAGCAACCGGGCGACGAAGCUGCAGCAGCCGCCGGUGAUUUUCAUUCAGAGAGGCGCCUGUGGGAAAGGUCAGCAGAACCCUGACAGUCUUCGUUACAAGUACAACUUCAUCGCUGACGUGGUGGAGAAGAUCGCACCUGCUGUCGUUCAUAUUGAACUGUACCGCAAGAUGAUAUUUUCAAAGCGGGAGGUGGCAGUGGCCAGCGGCUCCGGGUUUGUUGUGUCAGAGGACGGACUCAUCGUCACCAACGCCCACGUUGUGGCCAAUAAACACAGAGUAAAGGUGGAGCUGAAGAGCGGAGCCACAUUUGACGCAAGGAUCAAAGACGUGGACGAGAAGGCCGACAUCGCUCUGAUCAAGAUCGAUACACCGAUGAAGCUGCCGGUGCUGCUGCUCGGCCGGUCGGCGGACCUGCGGCCCGGAGAGUUCGUAGUCGCCAUCGGCAGCCCGUUCUCCCUCCAGAACACCGUCACCACCGGCAUCGUCAGCACCACCCAGAGGGGAGGCAAGGAGCUGGGCCUUCGCAACUCUGACAUGGACUACAUCCAGACCGACGCCAUCAUCAACUAUGGCAACUCAGGAGGACCACUAGUCAAUCUGGAUGGAGAGGUGAUUGGCAUCAACACUCUGAAGGUCACAGCAGGAAUUUCCUUCGCCAUCCCCUCAGACAAGAUCAGACAGUUCCUGGCAGAGUCACAUGACCGACAGGCCAAAGGUAAAACAUCCUCAAAGAAGAAGUACAUUGGCGUUAGAAUGAUGAGUCUCACUUCAACACUGGCUAAAGAACUGAAGGAGAGGCAGUCAGACUUCCCAGAUGUCACCUCCGGGGCGUAUGUCAUUGAGGUCAUCAGCCGGACUCCAGCUGAGGCAGCCGGCCUGCAGGAGAGCGAUGUCAUCAUCAGCAUCAAUGGCGAGCGAGUCACCUUGGCCAGCGACGUCAGCGCCGCCAUAAAGCGGGACGAUUCGCUGCGAAUGGUGGUGAGGCGGGGCAACGAGGAUGUCAUCCUCACCAUCGUCCCCGAGGAGAUUGACCCUUGACCUCACAGCUGACUGAACAACCUUAACCAGUCAACCAAUCUUGAGCUGGCUCUCAGUGUUUUUCAACCAAUCAUGAACACUUUGAAAAACCAAGCAACCAAUCAGGGCAUGUGUGUCCGGGGCCACACCUACUGCGUUUAAGAACUUGUAAUUAUUAGUACUGCUACUUCUCUUACAUGCUAUUAUGCUCACACGCACACCUUCAGAGGUCCAACUUCAUAACCCUGGGAAGUGAAGCUUCAAGCCUGUUGUCGUACUUCUCACUUUAGUUUUAUCUUUUCCUCUAAUGCCCAUUUACUUUCCAUCAUCACAGACCUUUGUGUUCUACUAACACUAUCUAUCGCUACAAAGCAGUUACUGCAGGUUACCGUAGUUUUGUUGUGUAUGUUCUUGAUGGAAUAUUUUUUAAUAGUGUUUUUUGUUUCUAUGUGUUUGAUGACAAUUUUUCAAAAAAGGGAAUAAAAUUAUUUUUAACAAUG